AUGAGGAUUUUAUUAAGCGGUGCAGCAGGAUUUAUUGGAAGUCAUGUUGCAUUAGAUCUGAUCGAAAAAGGUUACGAUGUGGUCUGUGUCGACAAUUUUUCUAAUGCUGUUGAAGAUACUGAUGGGAAUGCCGUAAGUUUAAAGCGGGUGUCACAGAUUACGGGAAAAGAAGUUCCAUUUGUUUUCGCUGAUUGCUGUAAGCCAGACCAACUGGAAGUAGCUUUUCAAAAGUAUACGAUUGAUGGCGUUAUACAUUUGGCCGGCUUUAAAGCUGUGGGAGAAUCAGUGGCUAAACCAUUGGAAUAUUACCGAAAUAAUAUUACAGCCACAUUUGUGCUGUUAGAGCUCUGUAGAAAGCACAAUGUUAAGAAUUUUGUCUUCUCGAGUAGUGCUACUGUAUAUGGUGCUCCACAGCACUUACCGAUCAAGGAAGAAGACCAAGUUGGCGUUGGAAUUACAAAUCCUUAUGGUCAGACAAAAUACAUGAUUGAAAAAAUAUUGAGUGAUUUUGCUGUUGCUGAAAAAGAAUGGAAUAUUAUUAUUUUGCGGUAUUUUAACCCUAUCGGCGCUCAUCCUAGUGGACUUAUUGGCGAAGAUCCGAAAGGAAUACCGAAUAAUCUCAUGCCGUAUGUGACUCAAGUAGCAAUCGGCAGGUUGCCACAUUUAACAGUUUUCGGCAACAAGUACAAUACUCCCGAUGGAACUGGAAUUCGCGAUUAUAUUCAUGUUAUGGACCUUGCCCGUGGUCACGUUGCUGCGUUUGAUCGCAUAAAAAAGGAGGGAAAAGUUGGUCUUGAGGUUUACAACCUUGGUACUGGGAAAGGUUACUCAGUCCUUGAAAUAGUUGCUGCGAUGGAAGAAGCAAGCGGCCGUAAGAUAGCAACAAAAAUUGGCCUCCCUAGAUCAGGCGAUUUAGAGACACUGUAUUGUGACCCGUCUUUAGCCUUAAAGAAAAUGGGAUGGAAAUGCGAAUAUGGUUUGAAGGAAAUGUGCAGAGAUAGUUGGAACUGGCAAAGCAAAAACCCGACUGGAUUUUCGCAGUCUUAG